UAAAUAGGUCGCACCCUCCACAGCAGCCAGAACAGAAACUGAAUCCGGACUGAAGGACUGGAAUAAAGCUGCAGAACUACACUGAAUAACCAGCUCUGAUCUUGAGUGAAGGGGGAUUUGUGUGCUUUACAAGCUGCUGUGACUCCCUACGGAGCCGUCAAACAGAGUCUGAACAUCUUGAUAAGCACCAGACAGCUGAAGAGAAGCCACAGUGGUGGUGACCAACUCAAACCUCUGCAGACCGGUCUCAUCAACCACCGUCUUCUGACCCACUGGAGACCAUGUUAUACCUGAAGAAAUACUUCACCGAGGGCCUCAUCCAGAUGGCCAUCCUGCUGAGCCUCUGUGGGGUGAGGGUGGACGUGGGGCUGGAGCCCUACCUGCCCCCCUCCUGGCAGGAGAUGAUCCUGGGUCCGACCUCGACGCUGACCCAGACGCAGUUCCACAACCUUCGUAACCGGCUGGAGGAGGGUCACGGCCUUCACCCCAAGAGUGUGGAUCUGGACGGGUUCUUCACGGCACGAAGGCUGCUGGGAUGGGUCCGCUCUCUGGACAGACUACAGGUUCCUCAUCCAGAGCUGCAGACAUGGCUGGUCCAACGAGAACCAGAUACUCUCCUCGUUGGACGUUCAGACCAGGCUUCCCUGCUGGAGAGAGCUGCUGCCGGGGUAGAGAGAUCCCGAACUGCCCCACCGGCGGAGGCCAGAGCUGAACUCAGCAACCUGGAGGAAGAAGACGAGGAGGAGGAUAAAGAGGUACAGCAUCUUCCUUCCCACUGUGUGGUUUGUUUAGGCGUUGUCUGUUUGGUUCUGUGGUCUUGAGUGACACCUGGUCAAGAAUCUUCAUUGAAACUAAAAGCUCAGACAUGUUUCUAACAUAGGAACCUUUAAUCCUAAAUAUUGGGGUGUCACAUAUUCAUGGGGAACGAACCUGAACAGAGAUCUGCUCUGGGUUCUGUGGUUAAACACCAGCACAGGUUUGGAGGAUAAUUUAGUUAAGGUUCAACAGUUGGGGGUUCUGGUGACAUCAUCCUCCUGAAUGGCAGCUUUGACCGAUAGCUCUCUGGAGGUGUUAGCUAAAUCGCCCCAUAAAAGUGUCAGACCUUAACUUUUCUCUUAAUAAUAGUCGAGAGAUAAAUGGGGCGAAGAUGGGGAGAAGAGAUGCAUGGCCUAAAGGUGUGACUGAAGAAAAAACAAACAAAGAAACUACAUCAAGCACCUCUGAAGUUAGCGAAGAAGCUAUGGCUAGAGCUGCCGCUGGUGAGGCCCAGAGUCUCCAAGAUACAACGCUAGUGGCGGUGCUGGAGGGACUGCGAGACUUUCGUAAAGAUUUCCAAGACUUCAAAUCAGAGCUAACCACCAUUACCCAGAAGAUUACAGAAGCAGAAACUUGAAAUUGUUGAAGACCAGGUCCAAAACAUGGAACAACUGUGAACCAAAAGGACAAAAUUCAUGAGCGAGCAGGAGAAUGAACUACUCGACCAAGAAAGUAGAUCUCGCAGGGUGAAUUUAGGAUUGUAUGAUGUCUGCAAAGGGGCCAAAAGCGGAUCAUCGAUGGUGGACUUUGUGGAGAAACUACUUCAGGGCAGUUUGGAUAUUCCUCUGAGUGCGAGCCUUAGCAUCGAGAGAGCGCACAGAGCGCUGGGUCCCAAACCAUCCGGGAAUGGAGAGGAAAAGCCAUGCUUAAUAAUAAUAGGAUUUACAAGCUACAUAACCAAAGAAGACUUUUGACCUUCAUCCAUGCCAUAACCUUGUUGGAUCUAGAGUAUUAACCAACUGCUCAUAGCAUUGUUUCUGGCCACUUUUUGCCCGAAGCCAAGAUGCUACUUGGUAAUGUCAAAAGACUAAAGCGUUCAUAGCUGUUCCAAAUAGCCAUAUUCCAUUAUGGAGGCAGGUGAUGGCCAUAAAUAGACCUGAAAUGUGGAUAAUAAUGCUAAACCAGGAGCUAAAAGAUGCUAAAACAAGGAGCUAAAAGAUGCUCAAACAAGGAGCUAAAAGAUGCUAAAACAAGGAGGUAAAAGAUGCUAAAAUGAGGAGGUAAAAGAUGCUAAAAUGAGGAGCUAAAAGAUGCUAAAACAGGGGCUAAAAGAUGCUAAACGAGGAGCUAAAAGAUGCUUUUCUUGAGGGAAGAACCCCAAUCCGUGCCUCUUUACCCACUUCUUAACCUACCGAUUGCUGCAUAAUGUAGUAAAGAAAGGCAGAUAACUGGUUUCAAAAACUGAAAGGGUUUUAUUGAGUCCACUGGACUUUAAACUGAGGACCUUCUGCAUGAUAACCAGUUUAUUAGUUUAGGAUGUUAGAAUCUAACAGUGGCUAGUUGCUACUAAAGGUAAAGUUGAGCCUGAUAUGAAUGGAAUUAGUUAAAGUUUAGCCUGGUGGUGGCUGAUAAGUCGGAGAAUCAGACCGUCAUUAUCUGCACCAAUUCAUCAGUUCCACUUAACCCUCCUGUUGUCCUCAUUUACAGGCACCAAAAAAUAUUGUUUUCUUGUCUAAAAAAAUCCAAAAAUUCAGCAAAAAAAUUCCCAAAAUUUCAGAAAAUUUGCAAAACCUUUAGGAAGAAAAUUCCAACAAUUCCUCAAAAGUUUCCCUUAAAAAUUUUAUUUAAAAAAAAAAAAAAUCCCCCAAAUUUGGCAAGAAAAUUCUUGUGAAUAUUUCUUCCAAAAAAAUCCUAAAAAUAUCUAAAGUGAUUACAUAUAUCAGUAAAACUUCAAAU